AUGAAAGUCGCAGAGAUCUUGUCUGAUCUAACAUCCCUCCGUGCUUGUGACUAUAACGAUGCGCUCAACCUUGUCACUGUGAACGAAAGGCUAACACCUUCGGAGGCAACGCCGAACCCUAUACGGGCAGAGGCGACGAACGACCAGCUCCGCGCUGCAUCUGAGCUCGUAGAGCUGCACUAUGAGAUGAAGGCAAUCCACAAGGAUGGUAGAGUAGAUGAUCAGCUGCGCCGUGGAAGGGAGGAAGUAAACCGGGUGCUGCGAGAACUGGCAGCCACCUCGUCGAGUUGA